CCGCCAUUCGUGUUUGCUGUCAAAACCUUAAUUUCGAUGUCUUGAAAUUUAUUAUAAGUUUGCACUCUUUAAUAUUAAUUUAAUGGGACAUUGAUAGUAAUUAUAAUUUCUUUUUUACAAUAAAAAAUGUCUAAUAUAUCACUUGAUAAGGAAACAUUCUAUCGUCGCAUGAAAAAGCUGUAUGCAGCAUGGAAGGCCGCUGCAGCUGAUUCUAAAAGCGAUGAGGCACUAUCCAAGAUAGAUUGUCUAGUAUCUUGUGUCGGUGUGGAUGAAGAUACCCUUUACAGUAAAUCAACAGCGUUACAGACAUGGCUAUUUGGAUAUGAGUUACCAGAUACAAUAACUGUCCUCACAGAGCACAGCAUGUGUUUCCUUGCCAGUAAAAAGAAAAUUGAAUUUCUCCGACAAAUUGAAAAUGGUAAAGAUGAAACAGAGUUACCUCCUGCAAAACUUCUUGUUAGAGAUAGAAAUGAUAAAGAUAAAGAAAACUUUAAUAAACUUAUACAAGAAAUAAAAAAAUCAAAAUCAGGAAAAUCUCUUGGUGUAUUUGCUAAAGAUAAUUAUCCAGGUGAAUUUUGCGAAAGUUGGAAGACGGCAAUGAAAGCAGAGAAAUUGGAAAAUGUUGACAUCAGUUCGUCAAUUGCCCUCCUCAUGGCGCCCAAAGAAGAUCCUGAAGUAAUAACUGUGAAAAAGGCUUGUUUGGUGACUGUUGAUGUGUUUACGAAAUAUUUAAAAGACCAAAUCAUGGAAAUUAUUGAUUCAGACAAGAAAGUAAAACAUUUGAAGCUUGCUGAAGGAGUAGAAGCUGCAGUAUCAGACAAAAAAUAUGUCACAGGUGUUGAUACAAGCCAAGUAGACAUGUGCUAUCCACCAAUUAUCCAAUCAGGAGGGAACUAUAGUCUCAAAUUUAGUGCUGUGUCUGACAAGAAUCACUUGCAUUUUGGUGCUAUAGUAUGUUCCUUAGGUGCAAGAUACAAAUCAUAUUGUUCUAACAUUGUUCGUACAUUGCUGGUCAAUCCUACUGAUGAAGUUCAGAGCAAUUACAAUUUUCUCUUGAACUUGGAAGAGGAGGUUAUGAAACACCUGGUGGCCGGCGCAAAACUGUCAUCAGUAUAUGAGGCUGGUUUGGCAUUAGCAAAGAAAGAGAAAUCCAAUCUGGUGGAUAAUCUUACAAAGACUUUCGGAUUUGCCAUGGGCAUAGAAUUUCGAGAAAGCUCAAUUGUGAUUGGGCCAAAAACUUCAAUAGUUGCUAAGAAAGGCAUGGUAUUCAACAUUAACAUUGGCUUGGCUAACCUACAAAACAGUGUCGCUACUGAUAAGGAAGGAAAGACAUAUGCACUGUUCAUUGGUGACACAGUGUUGGUGAAUGAGGAGCAGCCGGCAUCUCUCCUCACACAAUCGAAAAAGAAAAUCAAGAACAUUGGUAUAUUUUUAAAGGAUGAUGAUGAAGAUGAGGAAGAAGAGAAGGAGAACAAGACUGAGAUACUUGGCAGAGGCAAAAGGACAGCUGUUAUCGAAUCUAAGCUUCGCACAGAGCAUUCCUCAGAGGAAAAACGGAAGGAACAUCAAAGGGAACUCGCUAUUGCUUUGAAUGAAAAAGCAAAAGAACGUUUGGCCAAGCAGUCCAGUGGAAAGGAUGGGGAAAAGAUUAGGAAAAGUACAAUUUCAUAUAAAAGUGUCAGUCAAAUGCCUAGAGAGAAUGAAGUAAAGGAGCUUAAAUUGUAUGUUGACCGUAAAUACGAGACAGUGAUCCUGCCGAUAUUCGGUGUACCAGUACCAUUCCAUAUUUCCACAAUAAAAAAUAUAUCACAAUCAGUAGAAGGCGAUUAUACGUACCUUAGGAUAAAUUUCUUUCAUCCUGGUGCCACUAUGGGCAAAAAUGAAGGGAAUUAUGCACAACCGGAUGCUACAUUUGUUAAAGAAGUCACCUACCGAAGUACAAACACUAAAGAACCAGGCGAGAUAUCUCCGCCGUCCUCGAAUCUCAAUACAGGCUUUAGACUCAUCAAAGAAGUACAGAAAAAGUUCAAAACGCGCGAAGCUGAGGAAAGGGAAAAAGAAGACUUAGUAAAACAGGACACUUUGGUUCUCUCACAGAGCAAAGGAAACCCAAAACUUAAAGAUUUGUAUAUCAGGCCCAAUAUAGUCACUAAGAGAAUGAGUGGUUCUUUAGAAGCGCAUUCAAACGGAUUCAGGUUCACAUCGGUUAGAGGCGAUAAAGUUGAUAUUCUUUACAAUAAUAUAAAAAAUGCAUUCUUCCAACCAUGUGAUGGAGAAAUGAUUAUAUUAUUACAUUUUCAUUUGAAGCAUGCUAUUAUGUUUGGUAAAAAGAAACACUUGGACGUACAAUUUUACACAGAAGUGGGUGAGAUUACAACAGAUUUAGGUAAACACCAGCACAUGCAUGACCGCGAUGAUCUCGCGGCAGAACAAAGCGAGAGAGAACUACGUCACAAAUUAAAGGUCGCCUUCAAGAGUUUCUGUGAGCGAGUUGAGAACAUGACUAAACAAGAAGUCGAGUUUGACACGCCCUUCAGAGAGCUAGGCUUUCCUGGUGCACCAUUCCGGAGCACAGUACUACUGCAGCCCACCUCUGGCGCGCUCGUCAACCUAACCGAGUGGCCGCCCUUCGUCAUAGCUCUUGAGGACGUGGAACUGGUACAUUUUGAGAGAGUACAAUUUCACCUCAAAAAUUUCGAUAUGGUUUUUGUAUUUAAAGACUACGCGAAAAAAGUGGCAAUGGUGAACGCUGUACCUAUGAAUAUGCUGGAUCAUGUCAAGGAAUGGCUCAAUUCAUGCGACAUCCGCUACUCUGAAGGUAUACAAUCUCUAAACUGGACGAAAGUCAUGAAGACCAUUACCGACGACAUAGAGGGCUUCUUCGAUAACGGUGGCUGGUCUUUCUUAGACCCGGAAUCUGAUGUCGAAAAUGCUGAACAGGAAGAUGAUUCUGAAGAGGAAGAUGAUGCCUACGAGCCUACGGACGCAGAGUCGGAAGAGGAGUCUGAAGAUGAUUCGGAGUACGACUCAGAGGCUUCCGACGAGUCUGCCGGCUCAGGAGAUAGUGAAGAAGAGGAUGAAGAAUCUGGUAAAGAUUGGUCAGAUCUAGAGCGCGAAGCAGCUGAAGAAGACAAGAAAGAACGGAAUUACGACCGCGAAGACUUCGAUCGGAAACGCAAGGGUGGUCGCGAUCCUCCCCGCUCAUAUGGCGAGGAUGAGAGAAAUAGAAAGAAGAGCAAACAUGACAAACACAAAAGUUCCAGUCAUAAGAGUUCGAGUCAUAAAAGUCCAUCCAAACAUAGUAGUAGCAGUCCAUCGAAGAAUCGUGAUAAGCACCACAAAUCUCACCACUCAAGUGAUCACAAAUCAUCACACAGCAAGUCCAACGGGGAGCACAAGAAGCAUUCAAGCGAUCAGAAAUCUCAUAAGCGAUCUCGCGAUGACAGUCGGGAACAUGGGCGUAGUCCCAAAAAAGCCAAGAAAUAAGCAGACGAAGUAAUUUAUUUGGAGUUGAAACGGGUUCCAUUCUAUGCAUGCGGCUCGAGAGUCGGCUACAAAACGAGUUAAUUCCUAUCCAGUGUCCAUUUGCAUAAUGUUCAAAUCUGGUUGUCUGAAAGUUUAUAUGUUUGUACAUUGAUUUCCAGCGAUAAUUGUAAUUUAAUUAAUGCAACAAAAUAAAUGUAA